UCCCCGGAUAGAAGAAUGACCACAAAACUACCACCUCAAGAGGAGUUUGAGAACUGGACAGCUUUUCAAGUUGCAGAUCUCUUAAGACAGUUUGGAAUGUCUGAAUCUGCUGUGGUUGUAGAGAAACUGUGCAUGAAUGGAUCUCGUUUCUUGAAUGCAUCAGCACAUGAGCUGAGCAGAUUCAAAACAAUGCACCAGCCGAAGCUUCAAAAGAUGGUGCAUGACAUCAAGAAAAAUGAAAGUGGGAUAAUAAACAAGUUCAAAAAGUUCCAAAAUGAACAAGUGGCCUUAAUUUGCAAAACUGGGAAAGAUACUUGGGAUCGCCUUAAAAAAAAGCCACCACCAAGUCUGCCACAAAGGGAUUAUGCUUCAGAACACGCAGACAAUGAAGAGGAACAAUGGUCAGAUGAUUUUGACAGUGAUUAUGAAAAUCCAGAUGACCAUUCUGACUCUGAGAUGUAUGUGGUCCCCAGUGAAGAGAAUCCUGAUGACAGCUAUGAGCCACCUCCAAGUGAGAAGGAGAAAAAGAAGAUUCCCUCUGCAUUCCCUAUUUCUAGGGGUGAAUAUGCAGACAAUCGCCCCAGUCACCAGAAGCUUCCUCCCAUCAACAAACCUCUCCCAACUACACCCAGUCCAGCCAUGUCCAGACCAAAGAAACCAUGUGUGCCAUCCAUGCCAUUGCCAUCUCCUGCUGCAAAACCAAAAGUGCCACCUAAGCCUAAGGAGUGCAGUGAUGAUGAGGAUAACUACAUUGUGCCAGUGGACAAUGAUGAUGAUAACUAUAUUCAACCCACAGAAGACAGCAUGUCACUACCUACAAGAUCACCUGUGAACAGAUUUAUGAAGACAACAAAGCCAGCCCCCCCUAUUUCUCCAAAGCCUUCUCUUACAUCUGAUAUGCAAGAGGUCUACGAGGUUCCUGAAGAAGAGGAAAAACCAUCACCACCACCAGUAACCAGGUUCACUAAGCCACUCAUGUUCAUGCCUGCUCAGAGUACAGAGCACUCCCACAUGCACAGCAUGACCAGAGAGUCACCGAAGCAGGAUAAUUCCAGAAAUAUUUUGCCUCUCCCCAGAAGUCGUCUUCAUCCAAAACCAGACCAUGAAGCUAACAACAAUGAUGAAAGUCAGAGGUUCAAUAACACACAAGAAUCCAGAUUUCCCACUGGAGCAGCUCCAUCUCCAUUACCAAGGGGCCUCAAGAAAACUUCUAAUGCAGUAAUUUCACCAAAACCAUGUUUACCUUCCAGAGAGACCUUAACUGCAAAUGAAGAAAAACCUAUGGUACCAGAACGACGGCGCAAUUCCAGCCAGGAACUUCCACUUCCCCCCCUUCCAAGUGGUGCCCAAAAGCCUCUGCUCCAAAAGCCCUCAAUUCUGCCAAAAGUCCCAGAAGCAGCAAACCGUUCCUUGGGUGCUUCCCCUCCCAGCAGCAUUUCAUCUGUUUCAAGUUCUGCAGACCAGGAUGCUGGUGUUCACAGUAAAGCAUGGUAUGCUGCUACCUGUGAUAGGAAAAUGGCAGAAGAUGCAUUGUACCGAUCAAACAAGGAUGGAUCUUUUCUAAUAAGGAAGAGUUCUGGGCAGGACUCACGGCAGCCAUAUACACUGGUUGUGUUUUACAACAGAAGAGUGUACAACAUCCCUAUACGAUUCAUUGAAUCAACAAGGCAAUAUGCACUGGGCAGAGAAAAAAGUGGUGAAGAGCGCUUCGACAGUGUUGCUGAAAUAGUAGAGAAUCAUCAGCGCACCUCCCUGGUUCUAAUUGACAGCCAAAACAACACAAAAGACUCAACAAAACUGAAAUAUAUUGUAAGAGUUUCUUAAUCAAACUGAACUGCUGAAAAGAAGACCUCUUUAAUCAUUUCUUUCAAUAUACCAAGACGUGGACAAGUUAUUAAAAGAAGAAAAUCCAAAAUGAUGGGAAACACUCUUCAAGAGUAGUAAGAAAUGCAUUUCAUAGAGCUCAACCCCACGUCACUUUUAUCGGGAAAGUUUAACACAAGAAGCCAAAGCAGAUGCGCUGUCAUCUCUGACAACAUGGGUAUCCAAAGUCAUGGGAAGAACAACUGCAUACCACAGCCUGGGCCUCUGACUGCUGUUUGAAGAUAGAUUUCUUGAAGGACAUUUUCAUUUUAAAAAUGAGAAUACCCACAGUGAUCUAUUCUUUCAAUUUAUGUUUACCACAUAUCACUGCUUUCAGCAAUUUCUUUGUAAAGUGCACAGCCCCAGAAAUUAGAGCAACUUGACCUAAUGUACCACUGUGCACAAGUUGAAAACAGGACUGUACUUUGUGACUAGUGGCAAUAAAUCCAUCUGAACAUUUUAGAUUUAUGGACAUGUGUUGUACUUUCCCUCAGCUUCACCCUGUUUCACUGAUAUUUUUGUUUGUAUUUUCAAAUGUAAAAAUAAAAUUUAAAAAUACUGUAAA